AUGCCUAAGAGACCAAAGAACGUGAAGAGCGCUAAAAAAAGCAUUGUUGUUGCGACUAGCCAAGUCUCAAGAUUUCAUACUGAAACAUUGGAGACUCUCUCUAAUGAUAUUAACCUCAAGCAAGUAAAUGUAUCAGUAGGUGAUAAAGAUUUAUUAGUUGAUACUGAUUUGCAAUUGUUUAAUGGGGUUCAUUACGGGUUGAUUGGAGCCAAUGGUACGGGCAAAACUACGCUAUUGAAAUGUAUUGGAUAUAAGACAAUGACGGGGUUCCCUUCUAAUGUUAGAAGUUUAUAUGUAGAGCAGUUGUUAAGUGGCCUGGAAUUGGACCUCACUGCAGUUCAAGCAGUUAUGACUUCAGACAGAGAAAGGGUUGAACUAGUUCAAGAUGCUAAGAUUCUUGAACAAGCUCUAGAAUCUGCUGACGAUGACGAGAUUUCUGAAUCCGUUCACAAGAUUCAACUCAAUAAUCAAAAGAAAGAGUUUAAAAGCGCACAAAAGACCGCUAUGGAACGGAGUGGGGCACGAGGAGCUGAUGCAAGAAAGAUAUUAAAUAGAAAGGAGGGGGAGUUAAAUGAGAUGGAAAGGUUAACUUUGAAGGAACCUACAGCUGCGGACAAAGUCAAGUUAGUGGCAAAGGCGCAAGAGAUUUUGAAUGAUAUAAAUGAAAAGUUAUCAAUAUAUGAUAGCGAGGAGGUUAUUGAAGCUAAUGCCCGAGAUAUUUUAUCCGGGCUCGGGUUUGAUAAUGAAAUGCAAAAUACACGCUUAAAACAUUUAUCUGGUGGUUGGAGGAUUAGGAUCUCCUUGGCGUCAGCUUUGAUAAUAAAGCCUGAUAUUUUACUAUUAGACGAACCAACUAACCAUUUAGAUUUACCGGCUAUUCUUUGGUUACAAACAUAUAUCAAGGAAUUAUUAAACACUACAAUAUUAUUAGUUUCUCAUGAUAGGGCAUUCCUUAACGCAGCAAUAGAUGAAGUAAUAGUAUUAAAGAAUAAAACCCUCAGGUAUUAUAAAGGAAACUACGAUGAAUAUUUUCGAAAUUUUGAAGAGAGACAAGUAUACUUACAAACAAUGGCUGACUCGAUCAAUAAAAAGAAAACAGCAGCUCAGAAAAGUAUAGAUAAAAGUAGUUCCAUUGCUCAUAAAUCUGGAGAUGAUAAGAAAUUGGCUGCUGUUGCCUCUAAGAAAAAAAAGAUGGAUCGUUUGGGAAUGGAAGUAAACAGCAAGGGUCAUAGGUUUAAGUUAAAUAGAGAUCGUCCAGGUUUUCACGAUGCAGCCAGAGAUGAAGUUGAAGUAGAAGAAAAAGAAGUAGCACAGAAAUGGCGGAUUGGAGACCCUGUACCGUUAAGAUACCAGGGUGAUAUGAUAAAAUUAGAUGAUGUAUCGUUUCGAUAUAAUAGUCGUCAAAAGUUUAUUUUGACACAAAUUUCCCUAGGGGUUUCUCAAAAUGCGCGCAUCGCAAUCCUUGGAGCUAAUGGUUACGGCAAAUCAACUCUAUUGAGUCUACUUACUGGUAAAUUACAGCCCACUUCAGGCAUAGUACAGUGGCCUGGGAAUGCUAAAAUCAGUCUUUUCUCUCAGCAUAAUGCAGAAGCAUUCUUAACUUCUUGCACUCCUGAAACUACCCCAGUAUCUCUUUUAUUAAAUAAAUCCCCUGGUAAGAAAGAGAGUGAUGCUCGUGCACAUUUAGGUGGAUUCGGAAUCAAAGGUGCCGUUGCCCUAAGUCCUUUAUCAUUUCUUAGUGGAGGCGAACUUACUCGUCUCGCUUUGGCACUCCAUGUAUUUGAUUCCAUUCCUCAUAUUCUUAUUCUUGAUGAGCCUACUAACCAUUUGGAUAUAUUAUCGAUAGAUUCGUUAAUUGGGGCAUUACUGAACUAUAAAGGAGCCUUAGUGAUUUCUUCGCACGACCAGUAUUUUAUAUCUCAGGUUACCAACGAAAUAUAUAGUAUUGAAAAUUCCAAAUUGAAAUACUUAGAUAACGGGAUUCAAGAUUAUAUAAAGUCUUUGUCUAAACGAAAGAAGAAGAAAACAUAA